GUGAACCUAAAAGUAGAAAUAUGUCAUUGUUUCAUAUGAGAUAAGAAAUUUGAAGCAAAAUGAAAAUACCUCAAUAAUUAUAACUAUCAGUAUUCUAUACCCCAUGUCAUUCCUACCUUAUUUAUUUUUAUAAAGUUGGAACAAUUCAAUAUAACUAAGUCAACUAAGUACCAACUGCAGGGCAACAAGAAAAUAACAUGUAGAAAUGAGAGUGGUCAGAGCCACCAAAAUGUUUACGUUUCUUUUCAGAAAUGACAUGCAAUCCUCCUCAUAUUCCAAAUGGUUUCUACGCACCUCAGAGGAUCAAACACAGAGCUGAUGAUGUAAUCAUAUAUGUAUGUAGAGAUGGCUUCUAUCCUGAAACCCAGAAAAAAGUCGUAAAGUGUACAAGUACUGGCUGGAUUCCUGCUCCAAGAUGUGGCUUGAAACCAUGUGAUUUUCCACAAAUCAAAAAUGGAGGUUUAUAUAAUGCAAAGAGCCUCAGACCCUACUUCCCAGCAUCUAUAGGAAAGCAAUUCAGCUAUUACUGUAACAGAGGAUUUACGACUCCUUCAGGGACAUUCUGGGACUACAUUCACUGCACUGUGCAAGGGUGGGAGCUGGAAGUUCCAUGCAUCAAGACAUGUUCAAAGUCAGAUAUUGAAAUUGAGAAUGGAUUUUUUUCUGAAUCUGAUCUUAUAUAUGCUCUAAAUAAAAAAACACAGUUUAAGUGCAAACAGGGAUAUGUAACGGCAAGUGGAGAAACAUCAGGACCAAUUACCUGCCUCCAAAAUGGAUGGUCAGCUCAACCUUCAUGUAUUAAGUCUUGUGAUCGGCCUAUAUUUGAGAAUUCUGGAACUAAAAGUAAUAGCACAUGGUUUAAACUCAAUGACAAAUUGGACUAUGAAUGCCACACUGGAUAUGAAAACAAACAUAAAAAUGCCAAAGGCUCCAUAACAUGUAAUUAUGAUGGAUGGUCUGAUAAACCCUCAUGCUAUGAAAGCGAAUGCAGUAUUCCCUUACUAGGACCAUACUUAAUUGUCAAUCCCAAGAAAGAAAAAUAUAAAGUUGGAGAUUUGUUGAAAUUUUCUUGCCGACCAGGACACAGAGUUGGACCUGAUUCAGUGCAAUGCUACCACUUUGGAUGGUCCCCUAGUUUCCCAACAUGUAAAGGUCAAGUAGGAUCAUGUGAUCAGCCUCCCGAAGUCCUCAAUGGAGAAAUUAAGGGAACAAAGAAAGAAGAAUAUGGUCAUGGUGAAGUGGUGGCAUAUGAUUGCAAGCCUAGAUUUAUCCUGAAGGGACCCAAUAAAAUCCAGUGUGUUGAUGGGGAGUGGACAACAUUGCCAAUAUGUAUUGAGGAGGAAAAAACAUGUGGAGACAUUCCUGAACUUAAGCAUGGCUCUGUACAGUUUUCUAACCCACCCUACCACCAUGGAGAUUCAGUGGAGUUCACCUGCUUGGAAACAUUCACAAUGAUUGGAAGUGGGUCAGUUUCAUGCAUUCGUGGAAGGUGGACCCAGCUUCCACAAUGUGUUGCAACAGAUCAACUGAAGAAGUGUAAAGCACCACAGCUAACUUAUGUGGACAGAAUUCAACCCAAUAAGAAAGAAUUUAAUCAUAACUUUAGCAUGAGUUACAAAUGUAGAGGAAAGAAGGAGCAUAAACACUCAACAUGCAUCAAUGGAAGGUGGGAUCCUGAGCCAAACUGUAGAGGAGCAGAGAAAGAAUUCUGCCCUCCUCCACCACAGAUUCCAAAUGCCCAAGUGAUGCAAACCACAGUGAAAUACCAGGAUGGAGAGAAAGUAUCUGUUCUUUGUCAAGACAAUUACAUAAUACAGGACACAGAAGAAAUGGUGUGCAGAGAUGGGAGGUGGCAGUCAUUACCACGCUGCAUUGAGAAAAUUCCAUGUUCCCAGCCCCCUGAAAUAGACCACGGAUCUAUUAAAUUACCCGGAGUGUCAGAAGAAAGAAGAGACAGAGUGGAGUCCAGAAUUCAUGAACACGGCACUACACUCAGCUAUGUUUGUGAGGAUGGAUUUAUAAUGGCUGAGGAACACGGGGUAACCUGCAACAUGGGAAAGUGGAGUGCUCCACCUCGUUGUGUCAGACUUCCUUGUGGACCUCCACCUUCAAUCCAACAUGGUAUUGUGUCUCAUGAGCUAGACAGUUACCAACAUGGAGAAGAGGUGACAUACAAUUGUGCUGAAGGCUUUGGAAUUGAUGGACCAGCACUGAUUAAAUGUGAAGGAGGAAAGUGGUCCCAGCCACCAGCUUGCAUAAGAACUAAUUGUGACAAUAUUCCCAGGUUUGAAAAUGCCAUACUCAUUGAAAAGGAAAAAAUUUCAUACAGGUCAGGUGAACAAGUGACAUUCAAAUGUGCACCUUCUUAUCAAUUGGAUGGGUCCAACAUUGUGAUAUGUGUUAAUCGAAAGUGGAUUGGAGAGCUGGUAUGCAAAGACAAUUCUUGUGUGGAUCCACCAUUUGUGAAAAAUGCUACUAUAGUAACAAGGCCCAUGGAUAAAUAUCCACCCAAUGAGAGAGUGCGAUAUGAAUGUAAUAAACCUUUUGAACUAUUUGGGGAAGUAGAAGUGAUGUGUCAAAAUGGGGUUUGGACAGAGCCACCAAAAUGCAAAGAUUCAACAGGGAAAUGUGGGCCUCCUCCUCCUAUUGACAAUGGAGACAUCACCUCCUUCCCAUUGCCAGUAUACGCACCAUUAUCAUCAGUUGAAUAUCAGUGCCAGUCCUUGUACCAACUACAGGGCAACAAGAAAAUAACAUGUAGAAAUGGAGAGUGGUCAGAGCCACCAAAAUGUUUACGUGCAUGUGUAAUAUUGGAAGAAAUUAUGGAAAGACAUAACAUAAUUUACAGAUGGAGAGAAAACAAAAAGCUUUAUAUCCGAUCAGGAGACUAUGUUGAAUUUCAGUGUAAAUCUGGAUAUAAACAGACAAAAAGAAGACCUCCAUUACGUACAAUGUGCAUUGAUGGUCACAUCAAUUAUCCCAGUUGCUCCAAAAACGUUCUUGGUUCAAUGGGUGAAUGAACCUUUGUUUAGAAAUGUGCAUGUCUAUUACUAAUACAGUUUAACUUUAUGUUUGAAGUAUUGUUUAACUCAUUUCUUCUCAUAAGUAUAAACUUGUGUUGAUGUAUAGUGAUUAAUAAUUUGGAGCCUGAGAGACCACUGCCACAAAUGCAAAGCAGUGAAUUCAGAAUUACUAAAGCAGAAUGGACUGUGUGCUAUCACAGUAACCAAUGGCAAGACAAUAGAUGUGACCUGUUAGUGGUUAGUAGAAACACUACCCAUCACUACAUUUCAAUCUAUGGCUCAUAGUGAACAGAAGUGAUAUAGUGAUUCAUAGUGAAUAGAAGACAUAUUUUUUCAUCUUCAAAUUAGUAUUAUCUCACAAAUAUGUAAUAAUCAAACUGUCAUACUUAACUUACUAGUGAAUAUAAGUAUUUGCUAAAUAAUACUUUCAUAUUAAUAAAAAAUCUAA